AAGAAUACAGUUAAACUAACUUUAGUAGGAAAGCAGUGUGUGUGUUAUCGUUCUUCUGGGUGUACAUUCAAUGUAUUGUGUACGCUUGGAUAAUGGCGACAUCUAAGACUACUAAUACGUAUAACAGACAAAAUUGGGAGGAUGCUGAGUUCCCUAUACUUUGCCAGACUUGUUUGGGUGACAAUCCGUAUAUACGAAUGACAAAAGAGCGGUAUGGAAAAGAGUGUAAGAUUUGCUCCAGACCUUUCACUGUGUUUCGAUGGUGCCCUGGCGCUCGAAUGAGGUGCAAGAAAUCAGAAGUGUGUCAGACAUGUAGUCGGAUGAAGAAUGUGUGCCAAACAUGUCUGUUAGAUCUGGAAUAUGGACUUCCAAUUCAAGUUCGAGAUUCAGCUCUCCGUAUUAAGGAUGACCUACCACGUUCAGAUGUUAACAAAGAAUAUUAUAUUCAAAAUAUGGACAAGGAGCUUGGCAAGAUAGAUGCCACUACCCCAGCAGGUGCAAUUGGAAAGUCUCAAGCUGCCAGUGACUUAUUGAUGAAAGUGGCUAGGACAAGUCCUUACUACAAAAGGAAUCGACCACACAUUUGCUCUUUCUGGGUGAAAGGUGAAUGUAAGCGAGGAGAAGAGUGUCCAUAUCGUCAUGAAAAACCAACAGACCCAGAUGAUCCUCUAGCUGAUCAAAAUAUUAAAGAUAGGUACUAUGGUAUCAAUGAUCCUGUGGCUGAGAAACUUAUGCGUCGAGCUUCUGCAAUGCCAAAGCUUGAACCACCAGAAGACAAGAGUAUAACUACACUUUAUGUUUGGAACCUUGGUGAUAAACUAACUGAAAAAGAGCUCAGGGAUCAUUUUUAUCAGUAUGGUGAGAUAAGGUCAAUCACAUUAGUUGCUCGACAACAGUGUGCAUUUAUCCAGUUCACUUUAAGAACAGCAGCAGAGCAAGCAUCUGAGCGUACAUUCAACAAAUUAAUCCUUGGCGGGCGGCGAUUGACAAUCAAAUGGGGUCGCUCUCAAGCCCGACAAGGUACUUCAGCUGCUCGUGGGGAUGGAGUUGAUGCAAUAAUGGAAGAACUAGAACCAGUGCCAGGUCUCCCUGGUACUUUGCCUCUUCCUCCAACUGAAUUACAGAACAACUUUUUCAACCUAGCAGAAACAGAUGAUAACUCUAUCCCACCAGUGCAGACCAACAUUCCACCUCCCACAAUGCCACCACCAAUGCCUCCUCCCAUUCUGAUUCCACCUCCCAUGCCCCGCCCUCCACCUGGCAUUCGCCCACCAGGUCCACCCCCUUUCUUUUUUCCUCCUCAUAUGCGUCCACCUAUGCGACCUCCUCCAGGAAUUAGACCUCCUUUUAAUAUAUCUCAGCCUCCAUUAUUUCCACCUGGAACUGCUCCAGCUAUUCCACAGCUUCCUCCCAAUCCAGCACCUCUGGUACCACCAGGAACUCUUACUACUCCUGCAUUGAAACAAGGUGCCAUUCAUUAUCCUUCACAGGAUCCAUCUAGACUGGGAGCUGCUCAGGGCUUGGCAAAGAAUAAAGUUUGGACAGGAGAAGAUUAGAGAAACUGUGUUCACAAUUUGAAACAAACAAAAGGGAUUUUCUUUGAUGGAGAUGUUGGUAGCAAGCACCUAUUCUCCAUGAAUUAUGUUAUUUCUUUCAUUCUAUGCAUACAUUACAGUAUCAAAUCCUAACUGCUUUGCAGGAUAAUGUUUUCCUGUAAAUGAGAUUUAUAUACUGCACAGUGACUGUUAAUAGAAAGACAGAGGAAUUUAUUUGAGAUUAACAAAAUGACCAUUGACAUUAAGAAUACCAAAGAAGUGGAGAAGUCAUGUUCACUGGAUGCCAGUCUCUAGAUAAUGAAGAACAGUUUGUAAGUACAGACCUCGAGGAAAGUGGGAUUUCGGAAGACCACAAAUGAGAUGGUUUCAACAGUCUGUAUAAACAUGGAAUGGAUGUAAUGAACCUAACCUUGUAAGGAAGAUGAAGAAAGACAGAGUGAUAAAUUUCAAACCAAGAGGCUCAUCAUGCGCGAACAGAGGAAUAUCCAUCAUUAUAAAAAGCAUUGAACAUGUUUGUUGUCCAAUUUUCAGGAUUCUGAAGGGCUGGUAUUUGUAACAUGUCACCAAACAAAUUUUUUACAAUUCAUACCAAAAUAUUUUGCACUGGUUGUUUUCCUUGCAUUACCCCAAAACUUACCAUGCUUUAAGUUGUAUAUUUUACCAAAAUUUUGAAACACUUAUUUGAUUGGUGCAAGUGGUAUUCCCAAUUUACAAAGUCAUAUGGCUGUCUUGGUAUUUUUGAAUUUUUGAGUUAAAUGACAAACUAGAUUUUAAUGGUAUGUUGUUUGUACUGUAUUUUUGUAUGUUGAUGUUUGUAGUUCAGUUGAAGCACCUGGACAAGCUUAUAGAAUCAGAUCAUUAAUAGGUUUCUUAAGAAGGUUCUCUGUUCCUUCAGAAUGGUGAAAACAUUUAUCAGUAGUCACACAGUGUAUUUAAUGGUUGAGAAUUUCAGAUAAAUUUCCUUGUAAAUGAAUUCAUUUACUUGUAAUCUUACCUAGUCUGAUAAUUUAUUUAGUAGAACACUUAAUGUCUCAAUUGAUAGUUAACUGUUAUAUACUUGGCCUAUAAGCAAUCCCUCCAUGCACUUACUUUAUAGUGCCUUAAAGUAUGCAGUGACUGCUUUUUUCCAUAUCCUUCUUCAUUUGUAUGAGAAAGUAUAGUUAAAUAAACUGAGAAACAAUCAUUCAGUGGUAUAAGCCAUAGAGGUCAGAAAUGAUAAAGGAACUUUGGUCUCAUUUAAAGUGUGGUAAAGGCAUAAAACACUAUAAAUACAGCCUUGUCCUACAGUUGACAUCCUACUGAGAAAUGAAACAGUAUAGUAUAACCAUAGUUAAAAAUGGGACUUGAGGUUUUCAUAGUAGUGAAAUUUGGAUAAUUGUGUUCUCAGUUUUGAACUUGUGUAGACUUGUGGUUAAAAAUGUACAAGACAUCAGUUGACAUUGAAAAUUUAUAUACAUAUGUGCAGUGAAAGUGUAAUUCUUUAAAAUUAAUUUUUCUUACAAUUAGUAUUAAUUAUGAAUCUGUAAACAUCUGUGAAUUUAUAGGUUGAAGAUAACAUAGUAUGUCUAUUACAUGGUGUAUGUAUAGAUGGAAAGAAAUAUAUAUUAACACAUAGGUGCAAAUAUCAGUAGACACUUAUAAAGCUUAAAAUAUUCUCCUUCAGGUAGUAUUUAGAUACAUAAGUAUCACCACCAAAAGAACAUGUAUCUUAAAAAAUAUAAUAAAAUGAUGAAUUCAAGAUAUAUAUAUAUGGUA